UGGUCCUAUAUUCCCACAACAACAAUGGCCGUCAGGUUGAGGUUGCUGCUACAAUUCGCUGCUCUUAAACGACCAUUAAUUACACAUUCCGCUAAUUACCGACCUAAAUUACUAGUAAAAUACGUUAAUGGCCGCCAUCUUGACCUCCAUAAUGCAAGGUCGUUAUGCAGCACAACUUUCUACGACGGUCAGUCAGCAUCGACUGAGAGACGAGCGGAAAAUAGUCUUCCGAAGUCCAGUACAAGUGAAGUCGUCAACUCGCCGCUACCGCCGCUCGGCGAGAUUGACAAAUCGGAAAUUUCCGAAGCUUUCAAAAUGCUGAAAAUGAAGCUUGAGAAGCUCGGCCAGUUGACGGUGAGCGACCUGGAGAGAGCUCUAGCGAGCUUGGAGGCUCACUCGGACGACCUGACGGACGGCGAUUGCGAGAAGCUGCUGGGGUUCACCCUCAGGAUGGCGCAGGAUGACUACCGGCCGUGUGCGAGCGUUGUUCAGGGCGUCUGGAAGCUGUGUUCCCAGAGAUCAAAUGCCAGACUCACCCUGGAGCACAUUGACUUAUAUCUACGUAUAAAUCUGCACACUGACCCCUUGUGUACAUCUGAGGACAUAUUGGACCUCAUGGAGACGCAUCAACUGGAAGCAAGUUAUAAAGUGUUGGAGUCGUUGAUACUGGUGGUGGGUCGCAGCGGAGACCUGGCUGGGGCUACUAGGGUCUUGGCUCUUAUGAAGGAGAGGAACUUGCCAGUCACAGAGACCAUCUUCAGUGCAUUCAUUAUGGCACACGCUUCAACCGAUGAUUGUAAGAGUAUAGAAUCAGUGUUGGGUGCUAUGACGAGCAUGCAGAUCACACCCACCAGCAUCACCUAUGAAGCCAUGAUGUAUGCUUAUGGCGUGUCUGGACAUGCUGCCAAGAUGAAGCAAGUGGAAACACAGAUGAAACAAGCUGGCAUAGCCUUAUCUCACGCUCAACUGACAUGGCUUCUGCUGCACCUGGCCAAGAGUGGCCAAUCUGGGGCCAACUUUGAAAAUUUAGAUUAUGUUGUGCAACUAAUGAGGGAAAGUGAAAGUCGUCUGGAUUUGUCGCGGACGAUUCUGCAGUUGAUACACUGUGGUUGUUUGCGUGAGGCUGUGUAUCUCAUGCCCUUGAUCCCGCUGAUACACAACAAUAAUCACCUCUAUGCCAAUGCUGCCGUCUAUGUACAGGAGAUGGUCUACGCUCACACAGACAUCAGUCUCAUAGUAGAAAUGUGCAAGCAAUUGCAGCUGCAGGAAAUCAAUCGCUUUGCUCUGCACGUGGCCUUGGAACACGCCCUCCGCAUGAAGAAGGAAGAGCUGGCAUGGUUGCUGCUGCGGGUCGUCAAGGAGAGCGGUUGUCCCCUCAGGGAACACUAUUUCUGGCCGUUGUUGUGUAUGAAUGCUGUAGCCAGUGAGCCUGCUAAGCUCCUGGAAUGUGUUCGGAAGAUGAUUGAAAUGGGCCAGACUCCCGGCUUGGAGACGCUCAGAGAUCACAUUAUUCCUGGCCUCAUCGUCAGUCACCCGGAUCUCACCCUGCAGAUGCUCACCCGUGCAGGGUUGACGCUGACCAUGGCGGCAACGCCUCUACUCAUUGUUCUCAUCAAAAAUAGCAUGCUUAAUCAAGCGAUUGAAUUUGUUAAGAAACAGAAGGCGACCUUCUCUCUACGCAACCUUAUGGCCCAUUUGGCGUCCGCUUGGCCGUCCAACCCCCGGACCAUCAUUGAAUUGCUGGCUCUAAUUAUCAAGAAAAACAAAGAGGACACGACUGAAAGUGAGGUCGGUGAAGAUGACUGGGGUGGACAGUUUGUGUUGGACUUGGCGGCUUCGAGGACCGGCUUGAGUGUUGAGAAAAUUCGUCCCUUGUUUGAGGAGCUCAGGAAAAACGAUGUAACAAUCUCGGAAAGUUCCGCCGACCUGCUGAUGACCCGGUCCAACAGGUCGAUACAAGAGGCAAUCAGAAACAACAUCAAUAUUAUUCUUGACCCCAGAAUGGGUCAGCCUCCCAAGGAGCAAGAAUACAAUAUUCUUCCUCAUCCGAGGAGUAUGACACUGGAGGAGCUGGAUGGUCACAUGGUGGAACUACAGAGUAAGGGUAUGAACGUGCGAGGAACCCUACGUAAACUGAUGCUCCAGCAUGCUACCAAGAACCAACCCCAGCAUGUUUUAGCUCUCAUGAAGAAGGCAAAAGAGAUCGGCAUUAAAGCGAGUGCCGGAAUGAUGGCGGGAAUUAUUGCAGCGUAUGUCAGUUGCAGGAACGCUGAUGCAGCCUUGGACAUGUUAUCCGAAUUGCAAGUGCAACAUGCUGGGUUCUCCCUGGAUUCUUUCAAAAUUAUUGACCUGUGCACUCUUUUGAUAGAAGAAGGAAGAAGCGAUGAGGGUGUUCUGUUGCUUGAAGAAUAUAUUGAGAAAAACGUCAAGGUGGCAUUUGAUGCCACCGGAAUCAGAAGGAACUGCAGGAAUCUGUUGAUGGCUGCUGCGACGACGGGCGACUGCGAGCUGACUUCUCAACUCUUCAGUAAACUUCUUGGCUGUGGCUUUGUCAGAGCAGAUAAUUUGACUCUUGGGGCUCUAGUCAAGUGCAGAUUGAAUAGCGGAGAUUUAGCAGCAGCAGUGACGGAAGCUGAAACGAUCCUUAAGAAGUACAAGUGUCUCCCAAUGAGGAUCGAAAUUCUCAUCCAUCUCAUUCAUCAUUUAAAGUGCCAGAAUGAGAGCAUGAGUUGCUUAGACGAAUCAAGGGACAGUGGCAAGUUGAACACUGCUGGCAGCUUACUGGACCACAUGCUGAACCUCAUCGCCGAGUGCCACGGGCCAAGACGUGCUCGUCACGACCUCUUGUUUGCAUGUCUGGAGGCCGGACAACCCGUGGAGGCCAGGAAAGUGGUGCAGAACUUGGGUGAAGAGUUGGACAUGAAGCUGCUGAACCGUCAGUUUGACCGGUACUUGAAGACUGAGCAAGACGAUGCUUUACGCCACUUCCUCACCGCCUCGAGAGGAAACACCCUCGUUGACCGUCACAGAGUCUUCUCCUCUCUCCUCAACAUAUAUUAUGUUCAGAGUGCAGGUGAUAAGGCAUUAUCACUGUGGACGAUGAUGCAGGAGGAGAGUCUGCCACCCUCGGAGACCUUCCUCUCUACACUGGCCUCGGUUCUAGCUGCUAACAAUAUGAAAAUACCUUUCCAGAUUCAGUGAUAUUUUAAGGGGAGGUUCCUUGAUGCCAGUGAGGGACUCUUGAUUCAAGGAAUUGUUGAUACUCUCCUUAUAAUCAAGGUUUAUCUGGAAAGAAUAAAGAGGCACAAUACUCUGGACUGAACAUGUCAACUCCAGGCUGAGGGACUGAUUACCUCAAACUUGUCCUCAUCUUCCACUGUUUUCUUCAUUGGACUGAAGAAGCCACUGGCUGGUAAAAUGUUUCCAGAAUAAAGAUAGCCAAAUGUUACACAAGUGUCUCAUUUAUCAACACAAAUAACCCGUACAUAGGAGAUGACAGGUCUCCUGUGUUGACGGGAAACAGCCAGUAUGCUGGAAGAAAAUUUCAUUCUCCUAUAUGUGGGUCAUUUGUGUAAAUUUAUACAAAACCAGAUUAUGGAGGUAGAAAAUAAAGGCGCUCCUCGGCUUAUGAUGGUUUGACUUACGACAUUUGCACUUUACGACGGUGCAAAAGCAAUUACUUUUGAGAUGAAACUUAAUUACCCGGCAUGAUGGCGGCAGUUCCUAACUUGUAUUCAAUACUGGUAUUUAGUUACAGUUAUUAUUGUUUAUUUUUCAAGUGACAGUAGCUAUUUAUUUACUUAUUUUUUUAUCAUAUAUUCAUAUUCGACUUAAAAUAUUUUCAACUUGCAAUGUUUUUGACUCAUGAUGGGUUCGUUGGAACGUAAACCCAUCGUAAGUCGAAGGACUGCCUGCAUAUUGAUACUGAUAAUACAAAUGUAACGACACACUUGCAUUCACUUAGGGCAUCUUCACUGGAUACAUUUUGGUCGUGGGAUCUAGGAGGUGACUGACGUCCCUCAAACAUAUCCAGCAGAUAGAUCCUAUGUAUAUGCAUGAAUGUCCUUUCAAUCCCAGUUCUCUCUCAGCUGCUUUAUAACCUCAUAAACACAAGUAUCCAAAGAUCACGAUAGUGAAGAAUGACAUGUACUUUUAUCUCUCAUGUACAGUGGACCCCCGGUUAACGAUAUUUUUUCAUUCCAGAAGUAUGUUCAGGUGCCAGUACUGACCGAAUUUGUUCCCAUAAGGAAUAUUGUGAAGUAGAUUAGUCCAUUUCAGACCCCCAAACAUACACGUACAAACGCACUUACAUAAAUACACUUACAUAAUUGGUCGCAUUCGGAGGUGAUCAUUAUGCGGGGUCCACUGUACUUAUCAUUGCCUCAUGACUCGUAGGGAUAAACAUUGGUGUCUGCCAACAGGUUAGAUGCAGUGUUUAUAUAGAAGCCUUUAAACUAUACCACAGGCGGGGGUAGAACCCAUGAUCAGAGAGUCAUGGAAGCCUUCAGUGUGGUGUCCAGGAUAAUUUUCAGCAAGUAUCCUGUUUUCCAGCAUAUAAGGCGUCCCUUUUUUCCCAACAAAAGUCUUGGAAAAUCAGCCUGUGCCUUAUAUGAUCAAGGUCAGGAGUCAAGGGUAGGCUUUGUGUUGCUGGCAAGUGGUGCUUUAUAAAUGGACAUGCAGUUAAUUGUAGUAAUAGAGUUGUAAUACAGUGGUACCUCAGGAUACGAACUUGAUCAGCUAUGUAAGUGUAUUUUUGUGAGUUCUUUUGCAAGUUUAUUUUUGGGGGUCUGAAACGGAUUAAUCUACGUUACAUUAUUCCUCACGGGAACAAAUUUGUUCGGUACUCGAACAGCCUUCUGGAACGAAUUAGGUUCGUAUCCCGAGGUACCACCGUACUUGUAAUGCUCCUGGACUUUAUUUGCCAGAAAAUAUGAUAUAAUUUAUGAAGGUCAAUCCUGGACGGAACUUUUCAUAAGAGCUCUGCAAACGUACAGUAAGCUCUUAUAAAGUUUAUCUUGUAUGAUUUUCUGUAAAUGUGAUUGAAAAGGUUUGUCCAAAAUAGAAUAUUGUGACCUAUGAAGGCCUUUAUAUGUGCUAUGAAAUUUUGGUUAAAGCCAAGGUCAAAGAUAUAUCUCCACAUGAUACAAUGUUUGUAGGGAGAUGAGUGACAUUUAGUUGUGCAUGUAGAAAGCCCAUGGUUAUAUGAUGACCCAUAGCUGGAACUUUUGGUCAUCUGACUGACGCCUUCUCCUGGCUUACCCCUUCACUAUUUUAAAAAUUAUGGUUACGCUUAUACCCAUCACUUGUGCAACACAUAGGUAUCUAUAUUGUGGAUUAUUAUUAUUAUUAUAAUCAAAAAGAAGUGCUAAGCCACCUUCUAUAUUGUGGAGAUGUGUCACCAGCCAGUGACUUCUUCAGUCCAAUACAAAGAAGAAUCUUUGAAGAUUAGGAGGAGUUUGGAGUUCAGUCGCCUCUUAUGAGGAGUAUGGCUUACGGAGGAAGGAUAAUAACCCACCCAUGGAGUAAUUUAUUAAAAAUAUUACGAAUAGAACAGUUUCAUAGCCAAAGCCUGUCAGGGCCAAGUCACAUCCACUUAAGAAGGAACAAGCACUGCAGAAGACCUACUGGUCCAAGUUAGUCAGGUAUAAGUCACCUACUGGCCCAAGCUAUGCAGGUCCAAGUCACCUACUGGCCCAAGCUAUGCAGGUCCAAGUCACCUACUGGCCCAAGCUAUGCAGGUCCAAGUCACCUACUGGCCCAAGCUAUGCAGGUCCAAGUCACCUACUGGCCCAAGCUAUGCAGGUCCAAGUCACCUACUGGCCCAAGCUAUGCAGUUCCAAGUCACCUACUGGCCCAAAGCUAUGCAGGUCCAAGUCACCUACUGGCCCAAGCUAUGCAGGUCCAAGUCACCUACUGGCCCAAGCUAGUCAGGUCCAAGUCACACAAGUCAGUGACCCGUGAGUUUCAAGUCCUGCCCACCGUGGGUUCUAACCCCAACUCAUUCUGUGACUUGUCCC